UCCCAUCGCAGGAAAGGAGAAGACAGCGUGCGUGGACUGCUGGCUCUCGGAACGAGCCAGCUCUGCUGGAUCUGCUGUCAUGCAGCUCCCCGUGCAGCUGCUCCUUUCCCUGCCAUUGCUUCUUAGCAUGCUUGGCCAAGCUGAAGCUCAGUUCCCUCGCCAGUGUGCUACUGUCGAGUCCCUGAGGAGCGGCAUGUGUUGCCCAGACUACUUCCCUGUGUUUGGGCCAGGUACUGACCGGUGUGGUGUGUCUACGGGGAGGGGCCGCUGUGUACAGGUGACUGUUGAUUCACGACCCCACGGCCCACAGUACAUCCACGAUGGGCGGGAUGACCGUGAGCAAUGGCCCAUACGCUUCUUCAACCAAACCUGCCGGUGCAAUGGUAACUUCUCUGGUUACAACUGUGGGUCAUGUCGCCCUGGCUGGAGUGGACCUACCUGUAGCCAACAAAUCAAUAUAGUCAGGAGGAAUCUUUUGGAUCUAAGUGCAGAAGAAAGGAGGCGUUUUGUGAAUGCCUUACACCAAGCCAAGGUGACAAUCCAUCCUGACAUUGUUAUUGCCACACGAAGACGUGAGGAAAUACUUGGACCAGACAGCAACACACCACAAUUUGAAAAUAUCUCCAUUUAUAACUACUUUGUGUGGUCUCAUUAUUAUUCUGUGAGGAAGACUUUCCUUGGUGUAGGGCAGCAGAGUUUUGGAGGAAUUGAUUUCUCUCAUGAGGGACCAGCUUUUGUCACGUGGCAUAGGUACCAUCUACUGCAGCUUGAAAGAGACAUGCAGAACAUGCUUCAGGAUCCCACUUUUGGACUACCCUACUGGAACUUUGCAACUGGACAAAACACCUGUGAUAUCUGCUCAGAUGACUUGAUGGGAGCUAGAAGCAAUUUUGAUGUCUCUCUUAUCAGCCAGAACUCAAUCUUCUCUCAGUGGCGAGUGCUAUGUGAAAAUAUAGAAGACUACGAGACUUUGGGAACCAUCUGUAACAGCACUGAGGGUGGUCCUAUCCGAAGAAACCCUGCUGGAAAUGUUGCACGGCCUAUGGUACAGCGUCUCCCAGAGCCUGAGGAUGUUGCUCAGUGUUUGGAAGUUGGUGUAUUUGACACUCCUCCUUUCUACUCCAAUUCAACAGACAGUUUCCGUAACACAGUAGAAGGUAAACAGG